AUGUCGAAUUACAAUUCGAGACAACCAGAAAUGCUGAAUAGACUGUAUGAAGAAGGCAAAUCGAACAUGCUAUAUCGAUAUGCGUUCAAAGAUGCCACAAACGACCAGGCGAUUGCGCUUUUGCCCGAGCAAGAAAAGCUCCAGGCAAUUGAGCGCGCUGUCUACAAGAAGCUCUUCGACGAUGACCCCACGGAUAAGAAAGGCGCUUCCGAAAACCCAAAGUCUACGGCUGAUCCGAAGGAAAACGAGGCUUCCGAAUCCAACGACGGUGGAAAUACAAGGAAAUCUGCCCCUCCUACUGUCGGAAAAUCGAGCGAUACCCAAGAGGCCAGAUAUCCAGUCGAUUAUAAUACCACAAAGGCGGUUGCCGGCAUCAGCGGUGGAGAUCAAGCAGCAAAAACUCGUCCUCCUCCCGAAGAAAGCCAAUUGACGGAAAGACAGAAGUGGGUUCAAGCGAGGCAUGAAGCAUACAAAGCCAAGUUUAAUCCUAUCGCCUGGAAUAAAAUGGAAGAGGCUUAUAAAAAGAAUCUUCCAAUCAUAACUGAACGUGACGCCAUGUUGGACAAGCGUGACGAAUUGCUGCCAAUGAGACCUGGCGGUAUGAUCCAACAAUUCUCGACAUACGCUCCACCUAUCUCUGAAUGCGAAUGUUACUGGUCCGCUGAGGAUGGCGCACAGAUCAAAAAGGUUGAGCAGAAAUUGAAUGUCAAAGUCAUGUUUGUCUUUGAAAGAUCUCAUCUGUUUCGUCUAUGGCCUGACCCAGCAGAUUGGGAUGCUUUUGAAAAGGAUCCUGUAGAGUGA